UUCUGGGGUGAAUUUACUUCGACAUUCUCAAAAGGACAACGCUCGAUAUCAGCAUCGUUUCGUAUUACACGUUGCUUGUGGCGUGGAUGGAUGAUUGGCAAGUGCUGAUUGAGAUUCGCCGAAAUCACGAAGUUAUGCAAUCGUUUUGACUAAUACAGAUGGUUUGGAUGUUGUGUUGCUGACGCUUGCGUGCUUUCUUUGUUGAAACGUCCAAAUCCUGUCAGAUUUCUGCUCGUGGUGAAGAACGCAGUCAUCUGAAUUUCGUUCUUGUCUUGCUUUGAGUAAGUACAGCGCUGUAUAACGUAUUUUGGGAAUACAAAGAAGAUACUCAUUAACGUCAAUAAUUUGUCCUAAUAACAUGUCCUCGACCCGAAACAUGUACAAGGUGUGUCUAUGAAGUUGCGCUGGAUGAAUCAGCAGACAGGGGCGCCAAAAUUCUGCUCAACCAUGGGGAAAGUUUUUCUCGAACAAGGUUAAACGAAAAAAAAGUUGUUAGCUCAAACUUUGUAGGGCUCAGAUUUAUUUGAUUGUGCAUAGCCUACAAUAAAAACAUUUAACUGCGUUUUACGUUCAAAUUUGACGGAUCAAAGUCGGGAGCAUUGCUGGAAUAUUCAGCCGUUGGAUCUAAACGAGGGACGAUAUCUGGGAAGGUAUGGUCGUCAAUACGAUCCACUGGUUCAGGAAGGGCUUACGGCUCCAUGACAAUCCCUCACUCCGGGACUCCAUACAGGGAGCGGACAGUUUGCGUUGUGUUUAUAUACUGGAUCCCUGGUUUGCAGGAUCGUCCAACGUUGGGAUCAAUCGGUGGAGGUUCUUACUGCAGUGUCUGGAGGACUUGGAUGCCAGCCUCCGUAAGCUAAACUCACGGCUGUUCGUCAUCCGAGGGCAACCCACAGAUGUCUUUCCCAGGCUAUUCAAGGAGUGGAAGAUCAAGCGUCUGUCGUACGAGUACGACUCUGAGCCCUUCGGGAAAGAGCGAGAUGCAGCCAUAAAGAAGCUGGCCAAUGAGGCAGGGGUCGAGGUCAUCGUGAGGAUCUCCCACACACUCUAUGAUCUGGACAAGAUCAUUGAACUCAAUGGUGGACAGUCUCCCCUCACUUACAAACGCUUCCAGACACUCAUCAGCCGAAUGGACCCUGUAGAAAUGCCAGCAGAGACCAUCACUGCCGAGGUCAUGGGAAAGUGUGCCACACCCGUCAACGAUGACCACGAUGACAAGUUUGGUGUGCCCUCCCUGGAGGAGCUAGGUUUUGAGACUGAAGGGCUGUCCUCUGCAGUGUGGCCAGGUGGAGAGACAGAGGCUUUGACUCGACUGGAGAGACACCUGGAGAGGAAAGCGUGGGUGGCAAACUUUGAGCGUCCCAGAAUGAACGCUAACUCCUUACUGGCCAGUCCCACUGGCUUGAGUCCUUACCUUCGCUUUGGCUGCCUCUCCUGUCGACUCUUCUACUUCAAACUGACCGACCUGUACAGAAAGGUGAAGAAGAACAGCAUCCCUCCGCUGUCCCUUUACGGCCAGCUGCUCUGGAGAGAGUUCUUCUACACGGCCGCCACCAACAACCCGCGCUUCGACAAGAUGGAGGGCAACCCCAUCUGCGUCCAGAUCCCCUGGGACCGUAACCCCGAGGCGCUGGCCAAGUGGGCGGAGGGCCGCACGGGGUACCCCUGGAUCGAUGCCAUCAUGACUCAGCUGAGACAGGAGGGCUGGAUCCACCACCUGGCCCGACACGCCAUCGCCUGUUUCCUUACCCGCGGAGACCUGUGGAUCAGCUGGGAGGAGGGCAUGAAGGUGUUUGAGGAGCUCCUGCUGGAUGCAGACUGGAGUGUGAACGCAGGCAGCUGGAUGUGGCUCUCCUGCAGUUCAUUCUUUCAGCAGUUCUUCCACUGUUACUGCCCGGUGGGCUUCGGUCGCCGCACGGACCCUAACGGGGACUACAUAAGGCGUUAUUUACCCAUAUUGAGGGGCUUCCCUGCCAAAUAUAUCUAUGAUCCCUGGAAUGCUCCGGAAAGUGUACAGAAGGCUGCCAAGUGCAUCAUCGGAGUGCACUACCCUACUCCCAUGGUCAACCAUGCCGAGGCCAGCAGGAUAAACAUAGAACGCAUGAAACAGAUCUACCAGCAGCUGUCCUGUUACAGGGGACUUGGCCUCCUUGCAACCGUGCCCUCUAACUCCGGCGGCGAUGGCACAGGGGCGGGGCUAGGCACAGGAACAGGUCAUGUGUCAGGCGACAGCUCUCAGGAGAACACAACAACAGCACAUCAGAUCCCAACUAACACGCGGGGAGACUUGCUAGGAGGUAUGGCAGCUUGUUCCCAUGGUGACCAGCAACCUAGCACCAGUGCCCAGCAACAGCAGGGUUAUUCAGGAGGAAGUAGAGCCACAUCUCACCAAGAAACUAAACAAAUGCAGAGAGGGAGAGGCGUAAGCUCUCUAAAGAGACACAGUGAAGAACCCGCCUCAGACAGUGGAUCGAAAAUCCAGAGACAGAACAACAACUAAUGGACACAAACCCCUUUUUCCCCACCCUCAGGAUCGCCAAAAGGACAGAUCGAAGAAGCCCAGGAGAGGGAUGUGUGGCUCGGAGCUUCUGAUGCCGUACUCUGUGUCUGAGAAUGUGAUAUGUGAACUGAUUGCAGUGUCACUGUGACCCUCUGUCUCUGGCAGUCACAAGAGCGUGACUCUUCUCCUCAGCCAUAAACACAUGCAAAUAUGCACACUGCCUCACAAACUCACACACACGCACACACUUACACACGCACACACACAGUGAUGAUUCAUGAGGUUUCUUUGCUUAUGCUGCUUCCAUAUGUUGUUUUCUACUGUCAACCAGGGGAGAAUUCCACACCUGGUGGAAGUUCAGUUCCCUAGGAUCCAACUCAUAACCAAACCAGACCCACUUCAAAUCUUGCCAGCCUUGACUUAACUUUGUCCAUUCUCAAUGUCUAAAAAGUUCUCAAUGUCUAAAGUUUCCAGUGUCUAAAAAUCCUGUUGGUUUUUGGUUUAGUCAUUUAUCUAGUCACUGAUGAGCUAUAGAGUAUAGAGCAUAUACCAUUCAUUUUGCUGCUCUGCUCUAAAGUACAGGAGCUAUUUAUCUUGUUACCCUGCAUUGCGUCCACUGUGUUGUGAGUAUUCACAACAUGUGCAUCCAGACGGGGUUCCCAGAGGUUCACUGUGCACUGUGCGAAGGGUUUUUAGUGCAUCUGUGCACUUUGUGGAGUGAUUACGGCAUGAAAGGACAGAUUGGCCUUAAAGUCCUCUCACCUUUUAUUGCAGACUUUUGAUCAAUAGUAGAUCGAGUCAAAAUGAAUGAUUAUCCUUCGAACACAUCAGUCCUGCGGGAGUAGCAUCACUGACUGAGUUUGUUUACAUUACCCUAACAUACAAGUCAUUUUUACGUAAGAGUAUUUUGAGCACGUGAUAAAAGCCUUUCCACAUUUGGCCACUCUAAAUCUCAUCAUUUAAACAUGUUU